AUGAUUGCGGGUAUUGGAGUGGAGGAAGUAAUGCUGCAAAGUUUUGCCUCUAGACUAAAUUGCGCCCAUCAGAGGUUACCAUUUAAGUAUCUAGGUUUACCUCUAGGAGAUAAUCCUGGAAAUGGUAGGAGAGCCCAUUUCUGGCUGGAUAAAUGGGCUGGGGAGUUGUGUCUUAAGGAGAAAUUUCCUAGACUUUUUGCUCUGUCCACUGAUAAAGUAGGAGUAGUGUUUGAUUUUUAUAACAGGAGAGAGGGGAUUCAGAUAUGGAAUCUGGAAUUCAGGAGGCCCCUAUUGGCCUGGGAAGAGGAGGAGGUUUGUAGACUUCAUUCCUUCUUUAUGAAUGCGCUAGAAAUGAGGGCCACCAAACCCGAUGUUUGGAAGUGGAAGGCUGAUCCAUCUGGGGUGUUCUCGGUUGCAUCCGUGUACAAAAGUUAUGAAUUGUCCUUGGGCCCUAUUAGGAAAAUGGCAGUAGUAGUUUGGAACAUCUGUGCUCCUCCUAAAGUAAAAUUUUUUGGGUGGUUGGCUUGGCAAGGCAAGGUAAAAACCUCUAGUUUCCUGCAGAGAAUUGGGAUUUUAGAUGCAUCUGCCACUUGGGCUAUGUCAAACACAGUGGAAGGGCUGCUACAAUGGUGGUCAUUUUGCAAAAUGAAGAGGAGUGAAAAGCUGUUAUGGAAGAUUACGCCUUUGGCUGUCUUGUGGUCCACAUGGAAACAUCGAAAUGAUUGUGUUUUUAAUGGUUCUCAACCAAACUUUGAGGAACUAUGUGAGGUUGUCAAAGCAAGAAUAGCUUUGUGGGCCAAAUCAUCUCCAACUAAUUUAGAGUUCUCUAUUACUGAUAUAGUAUUUAAUUUGCAGCAGGUUCAAUAUUGCAUUAGGAAUGGAGCUGAGAUAAGCUUAUAUUAG